ACGACCUGUUCGAUGUAAGCCCUUUGAUAAGUCGUCAAUCCGAACAGCCGUGGCAACUUUCCACUGGUGGAACCAAGCAGGAUUCGCUCCAAAAUGCAAGGGAAAGGAACGUUCGGACUGCGAGGCAAAAGUCACGAAACCCAAAGGUAACACUCGGGGCAAGCUUCGCACGAAUACUUCGCAUCAUCUCGUUGUCCAAAGCAGAGUCUGUUAGGAAUAGCACCACCCCUUGGGAGAGGUAUGCUCUGGUUUUCGAGCCGACAACAUCCUACGUCUCGUUGGCCAUGACGGAGCCCAUGCAUUUUGCUCCAGGCCGAAGGAGGAAACGUCUUUCUCGGCACACGUCUUUCCGAACGUUGAUAUGGAUCUCGAGCGUGCUCUUGCUCCACUUUAGAGUUGCAUGGGUCAUAGCGAGCAAAAACACCACGGAAAAAGUCUACCGCUUCGGCAUCAUGCCCAAAUCUACCAACAAUCGAUUUUACGAUCCCGUUAGAGAAGGGUGCGAGGCACGGGCGGCUUCGUACGACAUCAACGUGCUGUGCGACUGGGUCGGACCGGACUGGGAGGAUUUGACUGGCAAGGCCCAGGCUUCCGUCCUCAACACCUUGAUCGACGCCAAACUUGCGGGUGAUCCGGAUGCCUUGGACGGUAUUGCUGUUGCCGUAGUCAAUGAAGACGCCUUACAGGAACCUUUUCAACGGGCACUUGCGGCAGGCAUGUCCGUUAUCUGCUUCGACAGCGAUUCAUUCAAAUCCUCUCGUCAAGCCUACGUCGGGACCGACAAUUUUGCCUUUGGUGAACAACUCGGUAAAGUUUUGUUGCAGCUACGACCGGAAGGGGGAGUCUUUUCUGUAGCGACCUUUAGAGGGCCGAAUUUGCUUCAACGGGUCAGCGGAAUACGAUUUGCGCUCGAAGGAACGACCUGGAAAGAGUUGCCGGACUCCAUCUUGUACGAAGAUAUCACAAAACCCGAAUUGGGCCUUCAGCACUUUGAAGAUCUCAAGCGAUCCAAUCCCGAGCUCGGGGCGAUCGUACCGACAUUCGGAACCUUCAUGGAAGAAACGUCUCUUUGGAUGAAUCACGUGAAUAGUCGUGACGAUAUGACUUUUGUUGUGGCGGACGCUUUACCACAUCAAAUUGUACUCAUGGAACGAGGGUUCGCCGACGGACUAGUGGGGCAGUUGCCUUACCAAUCGGGAGAGUUGUGUAUCGAAACUAUGUUGGAAUUACAACAGCAAGGCAAUCCGCCACGAAUGGAGAACAACGAUUUGCUGUUUGGGACAAACCUGUCCUUUUUCCUACGUAUUCCACUUAUUUUGCCCGAUCUGAAGGUUGAUAUGAAUUAUGUGGAAAACUUUCGAAUCAUUGGAUAUUCGAGUGUUGGUCUUCUAUGGGCGGCCACCUCAGGGGUCACCGCUUGGGUCGUGUACAACUGGAAAACCCGUAUCGUACAAGCGUCGCAGCCCAUUUUUCUUCUCAUGAUUGUGCUAGGCGUGUUCAUUAUGAGUAGCUCAAUUAUCCCCAUGGGAAUAGACGACCAGCACAAUUCUACGGGUGCUUGCACAGCUGCGUGCAACGCAACUCCCUGGCUAAUUUCCAUGGGUUUCUCAAUGACUUUCUCGGCGCUUUUUAGCAAACUUUGGAGAAUCAAUCGGCUGAUCCAGUCGGCCCAGCGCUUCAGCAAAGCUAAGGUCACUGUUCGGGAUGUGAUGCUUCCAUUUUGCAUUCUCAUGGCUGCAAACUUGACCAUUCUAAUUUGUUGGACGGUGAUUGAUCCGCUACAUUAUACACGCACCGAUCAUUUGGGAACAGAUCCCUGGAAUCGGAUCAUUUCAACGUAUGGAAGCUGCGAAAGCGCCGACGGGGAUCGGUCGCUGCCGUAUCUCGUAUCGUUGGCGGUUGUGAAUUUUGGUGCCCUUGCUGUGGCCAACUUUCAAGCUUACAAAACCCGGCAGAUUCGUAGCGCAUACAGCGAAUCUAAAUACGUCGGCGUUGUGGUGGCGAGCAUGACUCAAGCCGGUUUGGUGGGUCUACCGGUGCUUCUGCUCGUUGAUGAAGCACCACAGGUCAAGUAUCUUGUUCGUGUACUGCUGGUGUUUGUUAUUUGCUUAGCCAUCCUGGGAUUUAUGUUUGUUCCUAAAAUUCUGCAUCACCGACGCGAAGAGGAAACCCAGAUGCAAUCCAGAGUUUCAGUAUCGUUUGGUCCAACGUCGUACCUCCAAGAUGACUCCGGACCUGCAAGUGGACCCUUUCCGAGACGGUCGUCAUCCCUAGGAAGCGGAGAGUUUCUUCGCAGCGGGUCUGCAUUGGCUCGGAAUUCCUGCGUUUCUUCUUUGGGAUGGAAUUCUGCCGGACGAAGUCCUUCCGAGGCGGAGCUUGGGGACCUCUUAUACACCAGCGUAGCCGACAUUCGUCUUGCGGCCGAAGCGGCCCAGGAAUUUGCUCGUAAGCUUGACGCACAGGAAGAGAACGAUAUUGAGAAUCAAAACGAAAGGCGCUCCGAUGAGAGCAAGUCAGAAGUUGGACAAGCUUCUUCAUCAGAUAGUCUUGGUUUCGCUAAUAGUCGAAUAACCGCUUCAAAUGGCCAAAUUCAGAAUCACGAUUCUAAAGCCUAUACUGACGAUGUCGCGUUACGAACUCUCCUUUGCUCGGUAGAGGAGGAAAAACUCGACAUCAAGAGUUGAAGAAAUGGUCACAACCAAAACGGAGCAGCGCGUUGUCAACUUCGUACCUGACGGUGACAACAAGCGCAAUGCUCAGAUUUAGUGAUGUAUAACUACAUAUACAGAUUCUACUUUAUAGUCUGAAACCAGUUCCCUACGAU